AUGUCGGCUUCGAUCUGGGAGGCUACGGGUUGGGCCUUGGAUCAUGCAGGUAUAAAUUCGACACACCUCAUGCUCAGGUGUGUAUUAUGGGAUCUUCUCAGCGGCAUCCUCACAAUGCUCUUGAAUCACCCUUUCUACUUCUAUAAGGAUGUGGUAGUGCCAGCGAGGCAUGACCGCAAAGAGACCACCUCCUUGAGAUGGUUGAGGGCUACCAUGGCCAACUAUCUCUGGCUGGUACUUGUUGGCGUGCCCUCUGCCUUUGGGGUCGCGUGGACGCUCGAGAAGGCCGAAGACGGAGUCAUGCCUGGCUUGAUGCUAUUCAUGAUGAUACUUCAAAUAUUGUUUUUGACGGUUGUACCGGGUGUUGUUAUGUUGCACUUUAACAACAAAAAGGCCGACCCUCUCCCCCCGGGAGUACUGCACAAUAGACUAGAAACCCUUGCCCAUAAAACUGGCUUUCCGCUUGAGGGCCUGUACGUUCUGUGUGAUAAAAGCACAGAGAGCACCAGAGGCGACGUCUCUUCCCGUGGCCCGCCUUGGUCGAGAUGGCGAAGGCUCCUCCUUGAUGGCGCAUUACUAGAAGAUUAUGAAGUGGAUCAAGUAGUGGCUCUGGCUGCCCGGACGAUCGGUAAUUGGUACCACAGCCAUACCUUAAAAUGCCUCAUAAUGCUCCAGGUCAAUAUUUUCAUCUACCUUUCUCUCGUUCUGAGCUUCAGGUCCAGUCGAGCUUUGCCAUUGGCCUUUGGCUUCAACCUCGACGUCUUUACUCCCAGCCAAAGGGUGGUGCCGGCUUACAUCACUUUCCAGCUGGCACAGACUGUCUUGUAUGGUGGAGUCCAUUUGUACAGAUGGCUGUGCUUUUAUAUGACUAGAAGGUGUGCUUUAGAAGCGGACGCGUUUGCCGCUGCCGUGGCUGACACCAAAAGCCUGAGAACGGCUCUCAUCAAACGUUCUUCGGAGAAGAUGGACCCGAUUUGCAAUGACUGGCUUUAUGUCAUGGUACAGCACGACGGUGCGCCCCGCUUAGCCGAGAGACUAGAAGCCCUGGACCAGUUGAGUGAAGGAAAGGUCGAUGUGUCGCAGAAAAAGAACCUGUGA